GGCUACGCUUGUUGUGGUGCGAGAAGUGUUGCUGAGGAGUCCCGAGUAAGGACCACGGACUACGAGACCCAGCAGACCGCACCAUGUCCCAGCAGGUGGCUGCCAUGAACCGCAAGAACCUGCAGAAGCUGGCCGAGACGCUGAGCAAGAGCGCCCGACACUUCACUAAGCAUGAAGUGGAAUGUCUCAUACGGCUGUACAACACGAUAGUCAGGCGUCCUAUAGAUCCAAACACCAGAGGAGGCAUCGACAGGAACACGUUCAGGAACAUCCUGCAUAACACCUUCACCAUGACGGACGACAUGAUCAUGGACAGGGGUGAGUGCGCCUCGGUCAGCAGCAGUAUGGGCACGCACGUGGCACUCUGCAUAGUAACCGCUGUGCUUCUAUCACCAGUCUUCCGCGGAUUCGACAAGGACAACGACAGCUACAUCAGCGUGAGCGAGUGGAUCGAAGGCUUGUCUGUAUUUCUCCGUGGAACGCUGGAUGAAAAGAUUAAAUAUUGCUUCGAGGUCUAUGAUCUGAACAGUGACGGCUUCAUCUCCAGAGAAGAGAUGUUCCACAUGUUGAAGAACAGUCUACUCAAGCAGCCGACGGAGGAAGACCCAGAUGAGGGCAUAAAGGACCUGGUAGAAAUUACACUGAAGAAGAUGGAUCAUGACCAUGACAGCAAGCUGUCCUUUUUGGAUUUUGAGAAAGCGGUCAGAGAAGAAAACCUCUUACUGGAGGCAUUUGGCCCUUGUUUGCCAGACAGUAAGAGCAUCAUGGCAUUUGAGAGUCAAGCAUUUUCAGAGCCCAAUGACCUAUAGGCAUGAACAUUGCACAGGCAGGAGAGGGAUUUGGAUUUGCUUCAAGACUAAAGCAAGAAACAGGAUUUUAAUGAGAAUAUAUCUGCAAAUCGGGGAGAGUGGGGGUUCUACCCCAGUCUGCAUAAUACGACAGAGCGAGUACUACAGUAUAUAUACCCCGCUAUAGCUU